CUCUCUUGCUGUUGGAGAAGCGAGAAAUCUGCAAUAAGGGCUGUUCACAAAAAAAAAAAAAAAAAGAAAGAAAUCGGCGGCGGAUGUCGGGAUGCGGUGAGAGCGGGAUUUGGACCCCCAGAAAUCUGAGAGCCCAGAACGCCCCUUCUGUAUACAUUUCUGUAGUUAUUUGUUGCCUUCUGCCUUCAUGAAUGUGUUUCUUCGUUUUUCAGGAUACGUCGUUCGGAUGCCUCUGCUAUUACGACGAGGGGAGCGAUGCCCUAUGUGCCCAGCCUCAAAGACGCAUGAUUAAACCAUGAUGAAGACCGAAUCCCCCUCCACCACCUCGGCCGGCAGCAACAGCAGCAGCAGCAGCACCACAACAACACUGAGGAGUUCGUCCCCGCACAGGAGCGCGUACGAGGCCGGCAUCCAGGCAAUCAAGCAGGCCAAAGAUGCCCUCAGUGCAGCCAACGGGGAUGAGGUGCAGGAGGGCAAAAGCAAGGCCUCCUCUCGGGGCAGGAGGUAUGGCUCCAACGUCCACCGCAUCAAAAACAUGUUCCUGCAGAUGGGCACCACUGGGGUAGGAGAGGGCGAGGAUCCCUCCAAGACCAAGGACAGGUCAGUCCGCCUCUCCCUGCCAAGGGCAAGCAGCUUGAAUGAAAACGUGGACCACAGUGCCCUGCUGAAGCUCGGGGCCACCGUCUCGGAGCGGGUCAGUCGAUUCGACGCCAACAAGGGGGAUGGUCAGCUGCGACCAGGGUCAGGGUUUUCCAAGCUGCAGGAGACCCGCAAGAUCUUUGAGCAGCGGCAUCUGCAGGAGAAGCAGGCGGCCACCAAUCGCAUCCUGCUCAAGAAAGAGCGGGCCUCUGGCUUUCAGGAUGGCCGGCUGGACGUUGUGGUCCGCUUUAACGGGAGUACUGAAUCCCUGGACAGUUUGGAUGUGGGUGGUCCCGGAGAGGCCGUCUCCCCGACGGUCAGCCAGCUCAGCGCCGUGUUUGAGAAGGCAGACCUGCGAAACAAUCUACAUCGGCCCCCCACUUCUCCUCUUCCUAGAGGUGCCAGUCCUCCACCUGGCAAGGUGGCAGUGCUCAACUCGAAGAUCAUCACCAAGAGGUCCAGGGUCCUUCCACCUUCUGGACAGGAGGAAGGCUCCCCUGCUAUGGUGGGCAGGCUGAAGAAAGAGUAUGAUGGGAUCGUUAGCAACAAUGGCUCCAGAGGCAAGACAACUCCUCCUCCUCCUCCUACACCUCCUCAUGGAAAGGAAGAAGGCCUUCCUUCUAGUGUUGGGUUGGUGAGCCGGGGAACCUCCCUCUCACAGGAGAUACGCAAGAUCAGGCCAGUGGAGGUGGAGGACAAUGGCAGGGAAAAUGAGCUCAAAGAUCAGGGCUCUUGUCCUGUGCCUUCAGUGGAAGAAGGGAAAGAGUCAGAUGGUCAGAUAGAUGGCGCCAUGGCUCCCAGCAUCGCCAGUGAUGGGGGAAGCAGACUGGUGCAGGCCGACGUGCACGUGUCCUUAGAAAAUGGCUCGCCUCCUGUUGAAGAGCCUACAAAGACUUCUGCUGAGAGCUCUUGUGCAGCCCUGGAUGUUUCUGCUGGCCUGGGGCAGGAGAGGGAGAGCAAAGAGGACUCCCCGCAGGGUGAAGACAGGGAUUUGGAAAUUGGUGACGAAUCCCGAAAGGAGGACUACUCGGAGGCCGACUUGGUGGAUAUCAGUGCGUACAGUGGAAUUGGGGAGGACUCGGGAGGGAGCCAGUUGGAUGAGGAUGAGGACGGGGUGGAGGAAGAUGAAGAGGCUUACGAGCCGGAGUCCAGCUGUACUGAGAUUCCCGGUCUGCCGCCGGAAGAGGAAGAACCACCUCAGCCAAAUCGGAAGAUUCGCUUCAGCACAGGACCCAUUAAGGUGUUUACAACCUAUUCAAAUGAGGACUAUGACCGGCGUAAUGAUGAUGUGGAUCCAAUGGCGGCGUCCGCCGAGUAUGAGUUAGAGAAGAGGGUAGAAAGGCUGGACCUUUUCCCUGUAGAGUUGGAAAAAGAUGGUGACGGUUUAGGAAUCAGUAUUAUUGGAAUGGGAGCAGGAGCGGACAUGGGGUUGGAGAAGCUGGGCAUCUUUGUGAAGACUGUCACAGAAGGUGGAGCUGCGCACCGUGAUGGCAGGAUCCAGGUGAAUGAUCUGAUUGUGGAGGUGGACGGGGUCAGCCUGGUUGGAGUCACUCAAAGCUUUGCUGCUUCUGUCUUGAGGAAUACCAAAGGCCAUGUCAGGUUCCUGAUUGGGCGCGAGAAGCCAGGUGAGCAGAGUGAGGUGGCGCAGCUCAUCCAGCAGACGUUGGAGCAAGAGCGCUGGCAGCGGGAGAUGAUGGAGCAGCGCUAUGCUCAAUAUGUGGAGGAUGAGGAUGAGACCGGAGAGUAUGCCACCGAUGAGGAAGAAGAAAUGAGCCCGAUGUUCCCCAAUGCAGAAAUGGCCAUUGAGGUCUUUGACUUAGCAGAGAACGAGGACAUGCUGUCACCCAUAGAGAUUGAUCCUGAGAAGCUGGCCCACAAGUUCAAAGAGCUCCAGAUUAAGCACGCCGUGACAGAGGCCGAAAUCCAGCAGCUUAAACGAAAGCUUGCGUCAUCAGAGCAGGAGAAGAUGCGCUGGAGGAUGGAGAAAGCCCAGCUGGAGCAAAGCGUGGAGGAGAACAAGGAGCGCAUGGAGAAGCUGGAGGGCUACUGGAUGGAGGCACAAACCUUGUGUCAGGCCGUCGAUGAGCAUCUGAAGGAGACGCAGUCACAGUAUCAGACACUGGAGAGAAAGUACAGCAAAGCCAAGCGGCUCAUCAAGGAGUAUCAGCAGAAGGAAAUUGAGUUUCUGAAGAAGGAGACGGCCCAGCGGAGAGCCUUAGAGGAACUGGAAGUUACUCACAAAGAAGAGACAGAGAAGCUGCAGGAAAAGAUUACAGAACUGAAGGGCAAACUCGAAGUGGUAAAGAACUCUAAUCCCUCAUAAAACCUGAAGACUCGGGAGUGGGGUAGCACGGCACGACACGAAUGACCUUGGAGAAUUUUAAGAGUGUGAGCCCCAAGCGGCAAAAACACAAAAGAAGUACAACAAAAAAAAAAAAACAAAACAAAGAAUAACGUCAGCGGAUAAAAGACAAUUUCACCUGAAACACUUUGAACCCAAAGGCCAUCCCCACCUCCGCUUUUCCAGCUCCCUCGCUCUGCCCCGUCCAUCCCGUGGAUCUCUGAUCUACCUGCCCUCGGGGGUCCCCAACAGGUGCCGGCGACACUGCAGACCAUGGCCAACUCUGGGGAGGUUUGAGGAGGAGUGAAAGGUCUUUUUUUUUUUGUUUUUAGUGAUUUCAAGACUCUGCGGUGGGUUGGCACCCUGCCCGGGAUUGGUUCCUGCCUUGUGCCCUGUGUUGGCUGGGAUUGGCUCCAGCAGACCCCCGUGACCCUGUGUUUGGAUUCAGUGGGUUGGGAAAUGGAUGGAUGGAUGGAUUUCAAGACUUUGCAACUUUUCCGAAAGCUUUUCCAUGAAAAUAAAUAAAUAAGCGUGUGGGUGCCCAGGAUGGAUUACAAUAUCAGUGCCAGUCUGCAGCUGGAAGAAAUGUCAGGGCCACAGGCAGCCUCGAUGAUUCCCUCUCGUAUUUAUUACACGAUUCUAAACCGUUUUUGUUUUUUUUUUUAUUUUUUUUCCAGGAUGGUCGACUGGAAAUGUUUGGAAAGCCAUUCAGGAUGAAGAUUUUAUUUAACAUUUUAUCCUUUCUUGCUAUUUUUAUUUUUUAUUUUUUUUUGUUAACGUUGCCUUCUGCUCUGUUUUAAUCAUGUUUAUAUUUCCAGCACAUUGGCACGUAAACCAAUCGUGAAAAGUUUGGGACACAGCCAAACACGCCGCGGUGUAUUAAAAAAAAAAACAAAAUGAAACAAAAGGAAAAAGUGAUUUAUUCUUGAAAUCCACUUGAGACAAAUAAACAAACAAACUGGAUUGCAGGUCAGAAUGUGUACGUCGGGCCCACGUUGACGAGUGAGCCGCCACAGUACACUUGUUUUUCCGUUUUGAAUCGCCCGAUGCUGGGGAGAAUGGCGGAUGUGCUUUCAUUUCUUUCUUUUUUUUUUUUCUUUUUCUUUUUUAUUAUUGUCAUAAUUUAAUUACAGCAAUCGGUGUUCAAGCUAAACCUGUAACUUAUGUUUGAUCGGUGGCUAUUGUUCAUUGUGUUUCAUCGUUAAUAAAAACAGCAGUUAUUUUAAAA